AUGGGCGAAAUCGAGGCCGAGGUAGAGGUCGAGGUAGAGGUCGAGGUGGUCCAUAUCCAAGUCAACAGCCCGAGGAAGAGCAAGGGCAAGGGCAACCAUAGGACUCGAUACAGAGCGGGAAAGCAAGAGCAUCGGUAUACGCUACCGUCUGCCAAGAGUGGCGUCAAAUUCCGUCAUGAAUUGGAUGCCUUGCGCUUUAAUGCGACGAUAUUCCAACUCUUUCAGAUCUUGUCGGAAUGGCCAGAGAGAAUUGUAGGCCAACCGGGUAUUGCCCUAGAAUUAACAGCAUUUUCGGCUGCGGACCCCGACCAUUCCAUGAAAGACACUGUUCCAGACGAGCUCAAAGGAGUAGAUCUCACGGUGGACAGUGAGCCCUUGGACGCCAUUUAUGAAAAGGAGCCCAGCGCCAGGCGCACAUUAACAGACCAUGAGGGAAGCCAGCAAUUCGAAUUACACCCCUUCUAUGUCCCUCGGAGACAUCCCAGUCUAACAACGUUGCGACUUCCUGUGGUAAGAUUGAUAACAGAUCUCACUAUUCGCCGGCAGAUGCACAUCAGUUUCUUUACCCAUUAUGUCAACUGCAUGGUGGACUCGCUCCCGAAUCUUGAGUUUGUAACUUACGAGCCUCUUGCUCUCAACUUCUUCACGGCGUUGGGGGGCGAAAAUGAAGAGGCUGUAAAAAAUAUCAUAACCAAGAUGCCCUCAUCCAUCAGAAGACUUCAGGUGUUUGAGGAUAGCCCUGACGUUUACGGAGAUGGGAUACCGUCAGGAUACGUGAGUGAUAGAGACGGCUCACUGGGUCGGCUUGUGGCGGAAAUCAGUCAAGACAAAGAACCAGAGGUGAUAUCUAUGUCCUUCAUCAUCGACGCCGUUAAUUUCUUCUCCGACUUCCAAACCCCACAGAUCAGCCGGCCUCAUUGGAAGCUGGGAUGGCUCAAUCUCACCUCGAUCGUCUUGACAUCCGCCGUCAUAUCGCCGUGGAGAACAGCCGAAAUCCCUCCUCUGUUAAUAUCAGCUGCCCGAGCUGCGCGACGUAUGCCCAGAUUGGAAAUCAUGGAACUAUAUUAUAAAAAGUGGAAUUACGGAGCCAUAUUCACCUACAUUCACGAUAGCACUGGCAGCAUAUUGUGUUGGGACAGCACCUGGAAGUGGAAUUUCCCGCCCGAGGUCAUAUCUGUAUGGAAGAAAGUUGCAGAUGUCCACGGCACAAAAGUGUUUGAACAUGAGGAGAACCGGAUCAGGUCAACAGGUAAAAACAGGCGAGGAUGGAGUGGAGAUAUCAUGUCGUUGCUUCGUACAAAGACAACUGUAGUCCAUCCUAUAACAUACGGCAACAUGAUGGAUGGACGUAAUUUUAUGUAA